AUGAUGUGUUUUUGGUUAGCCAAAAAAAUGCUUUUGGGAAAAUACAUUUAUCCUCCGACUGGUUUGAUCAAAAAGAAUGUAAAUUGAAGAUGUGUCGUGAGUUUUUUUUUAUAUGUUCACCACAAUAUGAGGAGUCCCUAGUCGGAAUUUCAUUGCAAAACCGUUGAAUGUGGAUAGUACUUCUUUCAUUGAUUUCACCCGCAUGCAAACACAUCACAGGCCUCUGCUUAUCUUCCACGUGUUCUUCUGGUGUGAAAACAGCAAAUCAUUAAACUUACGGUACGAGGUAUUGCAACCUGUUGUAGUCCAUUUUCUUAGCCGACUGUCGCUCCCAAACGAGUCCACUUUCUAAUAGACGAUCUUUGGUGCGACCUGCCCAGCAGCGACCCCUUGUGUCCAAACGGCGCCAAAGGUACUUUGCAUAUCCUGUUUCUCUGACUCAGACUAUAACGGCUAUCGCCGGAGUAGGCUAGCAGAGCGGCGCCGCACGGAUGCUCGAACCGCCGGACAAGACUGAAAGCAAGAACCCCAAAAAAAGGCUGAUCGCCAAUGAUGGACGGGUUUGCAGGGGACAUGCUGAGCGGUGGCCGGGCCCUGCUCGGCGAGGACAGCUCUGUCAUGGCCCGCAUGCAGAAGAAGUUCUGGAAGACCAAGCAGGUCCUCAUCAAAGCCACGGGCAAGAAGGAGGACGAGUACGUGGUGGCGUCUGACGCCGACCUGGACUCCAAGCUCGAGUUCUUCCGCUCAGUUCAGUUGACGUGCACAGAGCUGCUGAAGGUGAUCGAGAAGUACCAGCACAGGAUCACACGCCUGUCUCAGGAGGAGAACGAGUUUGGCCUGUUCCUGCGCUUCCAGGCCGAACACGACCGCACAAAGGCGGGCAACAUGAUGGACGCCACCAGCGUGGCCCUGUGCACCUCCGCCAAGCAGAGGAUGGCGCUCCGCCCGCCUCUGCACCGCCUGCACCAGGAAGUGGAGACAUUCCGGCGGCGCGCCAUCGCCGACACGCUGCUCACAGUGGGCCGUAUGGAGAAGGCGCGCACAGAGUACCGGGGGGCACUGCUCUGGAUGAAGGACGUCUCCCAGGAGCUGGACCCGGACACCUACAAGCAGCUGGAGAAGUUCCGCAAGGUCCAGUCGCAGGUCCGCGGGACGAAGGGCCAGUUUGAGAAGCUGAAGAACGACGUGUGUCAGAAGGUGGACAUGCUGGGUGCGAGCCGCUGCAACAUGCUCUCCCACUCCCUCUGCACCUACCAGACCACUCUGCUGCACUUCUGGGAGAAGACGGCCCACGCCAUGUCGGGGAUCCGAGAGGCCUUCCAAGGACACGUCCCGUACCAGUUCACCACACUCAAGGACCUGCGGGACCCGCUGGAGGAACUGACGGAGGCGCAGAAAAAAUUGGAGAAGAAGGAGAAGAAGGCUGUCCAGAGCCACACAGACAGUCUGGUGUCCUUGGAUGACAACAAGCCUCCAGGAAGUGCCUCUAUUGCAGCGCUCCAUAACACCGGCGCACCGGCUGUGGACCGUGGUGACCUCAGAGGACUGUCGGACGACGACCUGAUGCUCAUGGCCAGUGACCCGCCCCCCCCUCCUCGGGGCGGAGACUCGCAGGAGUUGUGGGGCUUUGGAGGCCUCCAGUCCAGCUCGCCGCCCGCCUCCGGUGGGGAUCUGCUUUCAGGUGCGGGUCCGGGAGAGGGGGAGGAUGGUGAGCGCGGUGACAUGGCCUUCCUCGGAGACCUCCUCAGCGCCGGCCCGGGGGGUGGCGACGAGUUCAGCCGAGAGUGGCAGGACGCCUUUGGGCUGUUCGACCCUCCCAGCGUCCCUCCGCCGAGCGAGGGGGUGGCGGCCGUAGGGGAGGCGGCGGCGGCGGCGGCCUGUCCGCCUUCAAACCCUCCCAGCCCGACGGGCUUCCUGCCCUCCCAGCUGCUGGAUCACAGUUUGAGCGCCACAGGCUGGUCAACCCCGCCUAUGUUCCAGGCUCCGCCCCUUCAGCCUCCUCUCGGCCAGAGCCAAUUGGCUCAGCCGGUCACAAGUGCGGCAGCUAAUGCGGCUCCGGGUGGUUCCAAGGACAUGUCCGCCUGGUUCGACCUGUUUGCGGACCUGGACCCCCUCUCCAACCCCGACGCCAUCGGACGCUCCCCGGAUGAGCUCCUCAACGCCUAAAGGAGUGUGUGUGCGUGUGUGUGUGAUUUCUUUAACAGGUUCUGGAUGUCAGAAACAGAAUCAAAGAACACACACGGAGACAUUGAUGUGGGCGCACACACACACACACACGUUACCAGGAGACAUGUGUACCUACACACCUGUGUUACACUGGAAUGUGUUGCUUUACACUGGAGAGCAACGUGCUGUGGGGUCGUGAACGCUCUGCUGCUCCGUCGGUCAGUGACUGAACUCCACCGACUUUCAGUAAUCACAGCAAACGUUUGGGGGUCCAAGUUUAUUUACUGCGUUCUUUUCUUUUUUUGUUCAUUUUUGCGUUGUUCGGGUGUGUGUGUGUGUGUGUGUGUUUGUUUUCCGUGUGCACAUAUCAGAGUGGAAUGAAGAUGUAAAAAGGAAGGAAAAAAAGUAUUUACUGGCAACUUUUAUUUCAACCUAAUGUAUACAUAUAUAAAUAAUUGUAUGAAUGGGAAGUUGCAGCAGCGCCUGCCACCACCAUGCAGGGGGAUGUAUGAGGUACUUCUAUACAGUCAGUGUAUUAUUUAUGGUUGAUGACAUCAGCUCAAUUGUGUGCUAAAUUCAGAGUAUAUUUUACCACUCUACUUACUUUUAGCUUACACUGCAGAUUCUGGUCAACAUCAGCCUUGAUAGGUUUGUUAAUUUGGUUCUUGUGUGAAUCUGAAGUACAUCAGCAUGACACUAACUAACGGAGGGAGGCAGAAAUAGAGCCACUGCUCCUGUGAGCUAAAAAAACGUUUCCUCAAUGCAGUCUGGUGGCUAUGAAUAACUACUCUACGGUCACGUCAGAAAGGGUUGUCUGGCUGAGAGAUAAAGGGGGAAAAUAUUUUAAAUAUAGCGUGCAACUUGUAAUAAUUUAGAGCAAACUUAACUGCUGCACUGUCGACAACAAGGCAACACUCUGACUGUGUAGAAGCACCUUACAAACCCACUACAAAAACAUCUCCAACUGUUAUUUCUGGUGUCCUAAUGCUGACCCUUUUUUAAACUGUUAGUGUAAACGUUACCAUUGAGUCGAUCACCAUUGCUCAGCUGGGCCCACUGUAAUGAUUGAGAAAUGGUAAAUACUGCAACAGUCUA